AGAAAAGAUGUGAGGAGGACGAAAAAAUAGUGAAGAUUUGUUGGAAAGUUUACUUUUCUUAACAAUGGCAUCAAAUAUUCUAGCUGGUGAUCAACUGAACUUCACUCGUAUGGGAAUAGCUAGUGUGGACGAGAUCAAAGUAAUUUUAGCGGACAUUUUGAGGUGUGAGAUUAAACCAAAAGACUUGCCUAAAUCCAUAACAUCUAGCCCAGAAUUGAUGACCGGGAGACACAAACUGAGGCCAGAACAAAAGAGACUUUGUUGUCCGUCUCCUACUGCUGUACCUGACUAUAACAAAUUUGAUGUGUCUUUGUUAUAUACACUCAUACGAAACCUGUGUCCACAAUUAAAGCCAACUCAGGAUUGGGGUAAAACACCUUCAUUAACAGAUUUGCAAGUCGGAGAUGACAUCGAACGCCUCAGGGUGUUUAGAAACGAGAUGUUUGCACAUUUGGAUUCUUCCAGUGUAGAAGAUGUCGUUUUUACAGCAAAAUGGCAGAAUUUAGAACAGAUAUUCCAGAGGAUGCAAACGUUUCUUAAAAGAAAAGGAAUCUCAGUUGACUACGGAAAGAAACUGGCAACCAUAGAAAAGAGUGACUUUGGUUUCGAGGAUAUGGAAAAAUACAAAAUCAUUUUAGAAGGAAUUCUGCAUAUUGUAAAGGAGAAUGACGUUAAUGGUGGUCUUUCAAUAACAAUACAUGGAAACGAUGAAAUUUUCUUUGGCGAAAAGACCUACUUUGAAGCUGUAUUAGACAGAUGUUCACCCUCCAAUAACUGGCCAAUCAUGUGGGAGAAAAUACAGGGAAAUAUAACAGAACAACUCGACACAAGUAAAGAGAAGUAUAGGGGCAGUUCCAGUAGGUGUUUAGUGAUAUCAAACGUAUCAAAAGAAGACGAGGGAGAAUAUAGAGCCGUCAUUUCCCGAGAAAACAACGGGACACACAUGAAAAUCCCGAGCAAUUCCAAGCAAUUGACAGUGAAUGGAGAUUUACCAGCACUAACAAUGCCCAAGGAAGUUGAAGUUCCUUAUGGCUCAGUUGCUGUUUUUGAACCAGUCAUACAGGCAUGUCCACCGCCUGAGUGUGUAGAAUGGCAAAAGAGCAAAUAUAUGGAUCUGAACUCGGAAAAAUUUAAAAUAAUUGAUUUUACUAGCCCAAAAUAUUCUGGGAGCUCACUGGAUCCAACUGACUCAAAGUUAAUCAUAAAUGAUACGACAUUUGAAGACAGUCUUUUUUAUCGACUUGUAGUAAAAAACAGGGUUGGCAAAUCCAGUUGCAGUACAUUUCUCAACAUUGUGGGAACUCCACCAAAUGUGAUAAUGAACCAUGACACUGAUUUCCUUGAACAGAGCGUAACCUUCAUCUGCAAAGUUCUCUGUGAUAGCUCUCAUCCGUUGACAGGAUUAGUGUGGACUAAAGGAAACCAUGAAAUAGAUAUUUUAAGUAGUGAAGGAAAAUACACAGGAGGUGAAAUUGGCAACCCAUCACUUAAAAUCACCAACGUGAAUGCUUCUGAUGCUGGCAUAUAUCAAUGCAGUGCAUCCAAUUAUGUUGGAACAACGCAGAGCGAACAAGUGACUCUAGCCGAACCAAGUGUUAAACUGUUAAUGAGGGAAAAAGACGUAGAAAAUGGAGCUUUCAAGCUGCAAGCAGCCAUUAAAUCCAUUCCGGAUGCCUUUAAGGUAGAGUGGAAGGCAAAGAUGAAUCCGGAUGAUGAAUUCCGACCAAUAAAUUUACACGAAGAAUCCUAUAAAGGAACCACAACUACUCUACCUAAUCCGCUGCUGGUUGUCAAUGAAUACAGCUCAAAGAAUUUGGAAACAUAUAGAAUAGAAGUCACAAAUUUUCUUGGUAUCAAGGUUGUUACUAGUCAAGAGGUUCUGGAAGAAAAACGAUUAACAGAGGAAAAUGCAAAUGAAUGUUUGAAUGGUCUCAGUCUUGCAAUUUACAAGGACAAGGGAGCUAAGAUAAGAUUUAACAAUUUGCGACUAUCUUUGAUCAAAGGAAUAACAAAGUCAGAAAUGAGCAUUCUAAAGGACUCCUUAAAAGAGAUAGUUUCAGUGGAUAAGGAAACUCUCAACAGUUUGAACAGCAUCACAGAUCUUGUCAAUCUUCUGAAAUAUAAGAAGAUUUUUACGGAUCGAGAUGUGAUUACUAUGCAGUACCUAAUGAGGAUCAUUGAGAGACCAGAUCUAGAAAAGAAAUGUAUUGAUUACGCCACCAGUAGAAAGGAGAGAUUGUGUUAUUUUCAAGAGGAAAAACAUGCUGAUGGGUGUAAAAGAGUCAAAUUACAUGUGUUGGAUGACAUAGAAAACUUUACAGAAUUGGAUUUCUUGAUUGAAACCGUGGCGGCCAUCGUAGAAUGUGAUCCAAAAUAUAUAGAAGUCGUCAGCAUACUUCCGGAAACCAGUUUCUUUAUUGUCAUAGAGGUUGAAAGGAAACUGGCACAGCUUCUUUCAAGGAAAACACCAAAUGAAUUGAGAAUAUUAGCAGACUAUAAAAUUGACAAAAUUUACAUUGAUGGAGACUGUAUCGAGAUUACAGAACCAGGGAAUAAAGACUCUCUUUGUGGGUCCACAAAUAAAUCUAUUGCAAAUGAAAGAGACACAAGAGAUGCAGAGACUGAGGGUAGGUUUGAGAAAGAGAAGAAUUUAGGAGCCUUAAAUUCCUUUGGAACCCAGGUGCAACAUGUUUUGUCGGGACCCUGUGCAAACCUGUUUCGAAGAAUUCUUCGAAAACACAUUUUAGAAGAGGAUUUUAUAUCAAUGAUCCAACAUUCUAAAAUUCAACUGUUGCCUUUUCUAACUGAUGAACAAAAGCGUGUGCUGUAUCCAAUAAGUGGAUCGUUCUCUGGAAGCUACAAAAAAUUAGAUCUACCUCUUAUGUAUAUCUUAUUCCAACGGAUAUGUUUGAUCAAACCCCAUAAACGAGGCUGGGGUAGAUCACCAGAUUUAUCAGACACCUCAAUGGCAGCUAACAUUGAUAGGAUCAUGGAGAUUCACAGGGAUUAUUGUGGAAAUACUGUGGUUCUUCAACAAUCAGAUUUCGAUAGAAUCUUAAAGAGAAUUUUAGAACUUUUAAGAAAUAUUGAAGACGGUCUUGAAAGUUCAAGAACGGAAACCUAUGGGGAGAAAGAAGAUAAAAAGAAUAAUAAGGGUCUUUUAAAAAGAAAUGAAGAGGAGAGUCAUUUGGAUUCGUUAGGGUUUUUAAUUCAUUAUGAGUUAACUCGAGUGUACUUCGCGGUCGCAAAGAAAGAAGUGAGUUUAAUUUUUGAGAAUUCAUGA